AUGGAAGAGUUGCAAACCUAUGGAAGUUCAAACUCAAGCAAAAAUAUAUUUGAUGACACCAAAAUCAGUGCUGAAGAGGUUUUCGACAGCAAAGAUGAAUUGCUCACUUGGGUAUGUGAUAUUGGAAGGGCAAAUGGCUUUGUUAUUGUUAUAAGGACAUCAGACUAUGGUGGCGGUACCAAGAGACCAAGAAUUUAUCUUGCUUGUGAGCGGAGUGCAAAGUAUAGAUCAUGUAAAAAGUUGAAAGAUGGCUCAAAAGACUUAUUGAGACAAACUGCUGCGAAGCAUCUCCAAGGACAUUCAUAUGUAGGGAGAUUGUCAACUAAUGAAAAGUCGUUGUUAGUAGAUAUGUCAAAGAGCCUAAAAGCUGGUAGAUCCCAGAUGCAACAACUACUGGGUGAAUUAGCGAAACAUAAGUACAUUGAGCAUCAUCGAUGUGAGGAAGGCUCUAUGACUGUCACAGACUUGUUUUGGGCACAUCCAGUGAGUUUGGAUUUGCUCCGUACAUUCCCUCGUGUGUUGAUUAUGGAUUACACAUAUAAGACAAAUAGAUAUCGACUUCCUCUUCUUGAAAUUGUGGGAGUGACAUCAACUCAUAUGGCAUUCUUUGUGGCUAUCGCAUACUUGCAAACUGAGUGGGUUGAUAAUUAUGAAUGGAGAGCUCCAGGUAAUGUGUCUAUUUGUGCAUUGGAGUACGUGUUGGCAAAGAGUAAGAGAGAAAAUUCAGUUGGAAUUGAUGUUGCAGCAUGUGGGUGUGUUCUUAGGCACACACAUGGUUUACCUUGUGCUCACGAGAUUGUAGAUUACAUGAGACAAGGCCGUCCUAUUCCACUCAGUAGCAUACAUGUACAUUGGACGCGACUUACUAUAUGUGUGCAUAAUCCAAAGGUUAAGAAAUUGGAAUUGACUUGUAUUCCAGAACUUGAGAUGAUUUUGAAGCAGUUCAAUGAGUCUGAUAUUGCCAUGAAAUUAGAUAUGUUGAAAAAGUUGAGGGAAAUUGCAAAUCCAGCGAGCACUUUUCUUAUUGAACCUGAUGUGAAACCUAAUCCACGUCGAGGACAUAAGAAAACUGAUAUAUCUUGUCGUCGUGACCCGUGUGCAUUUGAGUUUGUUGACGAUGGCCAUGAUAACCAGAGCACAUUAGCUCCCAGUCAGUCACAGAAAAAGAGAGCUUCGAAAGUGCUUGAUAAGAAGCGGAAUGUGAAGACAAAGACAUAUCAUACAAGAACAAGUUUACCGAGUGCAAAUGCUGGUGACUUCCCGCCUAUGUUAAUACCAUUCAUAAAGUUGAUGAAGGAUGUAGAUGGUGAUGGAAAUUGUGAUUUUAGAGCUAUUGCAAGUUUACUUGGUCUUUGA